UCUCACUCUAGAGCCAAACAACAACAGCUCAACAACAACAAAAGCAACAAUAGCUUCCUCUACCAGAUCUUAUCAUCACAACCAAUUUUCCAAUAUGCCAAAGAUCUCAAGAACCAAGGAAAUGAUUGAACUCCCAGCCGACUUUGUGCCAGGUCCUUCUCAUGUUAUCUGCGCCAAAGGCAAGCAGGCCAAAGAACACAAGGCCAACAGAUUGCUUCGAUACCUCGUACAGCAAAACGUGCAAGAGUAUUCAGAGACCGCAUCCAAGCUUGAGCGAUCAUUCAUUGUCUCCAAGAUUCUCAAGACUAUCCGCCAAGAUGGAGGCUUUGUUCGACAGGUCAGCGGAAAGUGGUAUGACGUUUCUGACCGCAACGCUCGCGAGAAGAUUGGCCAAAUCUUUCGAGACCAAUUGUCCUGGCAAUUCAAGUCUUCCACCAAGGCCAAGGCUAGUGUGCGCCGUCAACGAGCCGUUACUUCUUCAAUUUCUUCCUCUUCCAGUAGCGGUAGCAGUGUCUCCUCCUCCUCGGAUGACUUCUGCCAACAAUCUCUCAACACACCAGUUGCCACUACCAGCAUUCCUUCCUUCUUCCCACCCACCGAAGUCAGCUUUCCUCCAGUGACUCCUGAAUCUCCCAUCAAGCAAAAAGUGACCAUGGAAGUCGAUGACUUUGAACCUCUUCCUUUCUCCGCACCAAAAAUGGAGAUGAAUGACCUUGAGCCUCUUCCCUUGGAACAAGCCAUUGUCAUGGACUUUAACAUGUCCGGUCUCACUACUGCUUCCGACGAUUUCUUCUUUGUCAACAACAACAACGACACUGAUGAUUUCUGCUUCGAUCAAGCCUUUGACGAAUUCCAGCUUCAAUUCUAAACAACCGCACCAGUCGGAAUGGUGACACCACCAACCAACCAACAGCGGCAACCAAACUCGUGACAGUUCCUAUCUUAUCUUUCCAUAUCCAACCCUAUCCUAUCUAUCUGUUCUAUCUGUGAUAUCUGUGAUAUCUGUCCUAUCUGUCCUAUCUGUUCUAUCUGUCCUAUCUGUCCUAUCUGUCCUAUCUGUUCU